AUGGGUAGAAAAGAUGCAGCGACGCUUUUUUACAUGAAUUUUGUAACAACAGUUGUUUAUCUUUCAAUUCUACUAAACUCGAGCAUUGCAGUUAAGCCCAGAGGUUUUAGUUUGAAGAUGAUUCGUAGCGACUCUCAAGAAUCACCUCUAUAUCGAGGGGAUCAUUUAACAGAAGCAGAAAGACUUGAAAGACUCGUCCGGCAAUCCAAAGCUCGAGCACACUACUAUGGAUCAAAAACUUCUUCUCAUAAUAAAAGCUCGAUGAAUCCCGAUAUUGUACGUCUACCUGUAGAAUUGGCUCACCAGCAACAGUACUACUACCUUGUUGAGGUAGGUAUAGGUACUUUCAGCAGUCAAGCACAAGCUUAUAACGAUUAUUAUUUAAUUAUGGAUACCGGUAGCGAUCUUACGUGGAUUCAAUGUGAAGGCGGCACGUCUUAUUUCUAUCAAGAUGCGCCAUUUUUCCCUCAUCAAGAUUCGAGUACAUAUGAUCCUAUUCCUUGUAAAGAUAAUCCGGGUGUGUGUGACGAACAACAUUGCAAUGACGCAGGGUAUUGUAUGUAUGAACAGGGAUAUGUGAGCGGUCAAACUACAUCUGGUGAUCUUGCUUUUGAAAAAUUUACUACUGGUUCAAGUACGGGUGAGGAGUUCCUUGAAACAGUUGAGCUUGUCAUGGGUUGUGGUUUUAAACAAAAGAAUUGGGGAUACGGUCUUGGUGUUCCUGAUAUUGGUGAUGGUCAUCAACUACCUCAACCGCUGCCUCGACGUGGUAAGGCUCUUGUAGCAGGAGUGCUCGGUUUAGGACAAGGAGAUUUCAGCACUUUGAUACAUCAAUUCUAUUAUUAUGAAGGUAAAUUCGCAUACUGCUUGGAGUCGCAUGCUAGUCCUGCCGUUGCGGGUUCACACACGUAUUUAAGGUUUGGUUCAGACGCAACAAUUGGAGGGGGACCUGAAGCCGUACAUACAACUCCAAUAUAUCGAAACCCGGACUUUGGGACGCCAUACUACUUGCAUCUAGAGGAUAUUAGCAUAGGCGACCGAAGAGUCAAUUUUACAAGUCGAGAUUUCGAGAUUAAGCCGGAUGGGAAAAGAGGCACUAUCAUAGAUUCUGGGGCGCCACUUAGCACUUUGUCAAGGCCUCAUUUCGAAAGAGUUAAAAAGGUGUUGGUGGAAUAUAUGGAAGCACAAGGUGCUCGUGUUGAUGCUACUGCUGCUACUCACACUCAUUUGGAUCCUUGUUUUGAUAUACCACCCACUUUCGACCCGAAUAAGUUUCCGACGAUGACAUUUCAUUUUCAGCAGGCAGAUUAUGUUCUUGAUCAAGUUUCUGAUAUUUUCUUCUCUAACGACCACGACGACGGCAGUCUUCUUUGUUUUUCUAUUCUUGGCGUGGACGGUGAUCCGUAUGACUUUACUUUAGGAGCUAUGCAGCAAGCCCAUAAAAGGAUUUUGUACGACGUUAAUGGUAAGUCUCUUUUAUUUACUAAAGAGAAUUGCCAAAUGGCAAGUUAA